AUGAACCGCUCUCGCUCCGGUUGGAACUCCAACCCCCAAUCCACAGGGCUCAUAUGCCGUAACCACUACCGGGAAUACUCAACUCAGCUGACACAAUUGGAGGACGAGGCAAGCAAACAGCUUCAAACAAUACAAUCCCGACAGAACUUCCAACCCCUUGUAUACUUUUUACUUGGUGGUGUUCGUGGACUCUUCAUUGCCUCCAGAAACCACCGAACCGCCCCAGUCUCGGAAUGCAUCUCUUUCAUUCAGGCCAUUUCAAUAAUCAGUGAAACCUCGUCCACUCGACGCACCCCCGAGGAACCCAUUUGGAAAAAUCUCUCUGCUUACAUUGUUAAAAUAUUUAAACCAGCUUUUGAGUCACCCAACAAGAUUGUUGCACUGCAAAAGCCACCCACCUGCCAUCAACUUGCCGAAGCAAUUACCAUUGAUUACUUGAAUCACUGGAAAGAGAUCCAACCCAGUAGUCCCUUCUUAAUUCCAAACUCUUCCCGUCAGAUUACUCAAAAAUGA